GAGAGAGAGAGUGCGCGCGAGGGAGGAGCGGGUGAGUGAGUAAACACCGACACUGCGCGAGACCCCCGGUGUUGCUAACGCCAGCGCGCGACACUUCGAAAAGUGUUUCCUGAAGUGUUCUGGUUCCCCCUGUGUGUACCUCCUUCACCUUCUGGAUGGUGGUGCUGGCGUGACGCCCGGAGCUGUCGGACAUAAAAUGGGCGAUGAUCGACCUUUCGUGUGCUCCGCCCCCGGGUGUGGCCAGCGGUUUACAAAUGAAGAUCACCUGGCGGUACAUAAACACAAACACGAGAUGACGCUGAAGUUCGGACAGACUCGGACCGACACGGUGAUUAUCGCAGAUCAGACCCCGACUCCCACCCGUUUUCUGAAGAACUGUGAGGAGGUGGGGUUAUUCAGCGAACUCGACGGUUCCUUUGAACAAGAGCUCCGUAAAUCCCAGGAAGAGGAGGAGAGGAGAACCAAAAGCACGCUUUCUGCUGCUCCUCCGUCUGAGAUGAAGGAGCGAGACGGCCCUCUAGAGAUCGACUCGUCUCCUCCGGACAGUCCCUCCUCCGCCUCCAGCAUGACCGACUCUAAGGACUCGGAGACGCUGGUCCAGGAGCCUGUCCCCCUCAGGAAGAACAAGCAGGAAGUGCCUCCGAGGACAGCAGCAGCAAGUGCCACGCCCACACCCACCAUCGUACGCCCCGGGUCACUCCCUCUACAUCUAGGGUACGACUCUAUAAACCCCACACAGCCCUCGCCCACGUCCGUCAUUACCCGGACUCCGCCCUCCAACAGACUCAGUUCUCCCUCAGCUUCUUUUCCCAUGAUGAUGCAACUUCCUAACGGGCAGACCGUCCCUCUACUUCCCAGUCCGGGACAAACGUCUGUCAUAUCGGUGGCCAGGUCAUCAAAUCCAGUGCCGAAUAUUCCUGGAAUUCCCGGACCUCCGAUUGGUGGAAGCAGCAGUGGCUCCUCCUCUCCGUCUGGAUACAACUCUCAUAGUGAGGCCAAGAUGAGGCUGAAAGCGGCACUGUCACCACAGAGUGUUAGCGGACCAACACCAAGCCAGAAACCAGAACCGAGUGAGACUCUGUCACCUGCACAGCCACAGCUGUCCCCUGCGGCCCCGAGAGGUGGGCGUCGGCGUCGUGGGGCGGACAUCGAGCCUGACGAGCGCAGGCGGCGUUUUCUGGAGCGGAACCGAGCGGCUGCAUAUCGCUGCAGGCAGAAAAGAAAAGUGUGGGUCAACGCCCUGGAGAAGCGUGCAGAGGAACUCUCUACUGCUAAUGUCACACUCACGAAUGAAGUGUCUCUGCUCAGAGGGGAGGUGACCCGUCUGAAGGAGCUCCUCCUGGCCCAUAAGGACUGUCCCGUCACCGCCAUGCAGAAGAAGGCCUACCUGGCUGCAGGUGUGGACGAGAGCUCGGUGUCGGCGCUGGUUCUGCCCGUCUCGGUCCCGGCUCCGGUGUCGGUUAACGGUCUGAGCGUGCGGGCGGCGGAGGCCGUGGCCGUGUUGGCGGGGAUGGGCUCGGGCCAGUGGAGCGGCGCAGGAGCGGGCGGAGACACGCCCACCCAGUCCCAGCCCACCUCCAGAUGAUGACCAUGCGCCAUGGCCGCCAGUGAGUGGGAAAGUGGGCGUGGCUCGAGGACAUGGGCGUGUCACAGGAGCGUGGCGGUGGUGGUGGUGUUGUUGAACUGUUGAAACCACUUCCUGCUUUUCACUCUCACCGUCUCUUCGGACUUUGAAGUGCGUCACGUGAUGUCGCUGGCUGACUAUACAGACUCGGACGCACCGCAGGAAAACACACACACGCGCACACACACACACACACAGCUCAUAUUCUGUAGUUUCUCAUGUUCCAUUUUUACUAACUCUGAUCUGUUCCUUCGGUGUCGUGACUGCAUGAUUCCUGCUGACGAUUUCACACUCGCAGGUGACGGGUCGCUCGGGUCGCGUGUGGGCGUGGCCUGUCCUGCGUUCCACUGAGAGAGCGCGCAGCAGCCAUAUUUAUAUUUGCUUCUACACAUCUCUGCUAAAGCUCAUUAGUUUAGAUGCUAAUUAACUCGCGCGCUGCUGGUCAUGAGACGCGGGGUCGCUGGUGUGUGUGUGUGUGUGAUUACUGACGUUUCUGUACACAGAAAACAAACUUGCUGCUUCGCCGCUCGUUAGUGUGAACGUAGACGCAUUAGGCCCCGCCUCUGAGACUCCGCCCCUCUUCUCUCUACGCUUCCUCCUUUAAUAGUGACAGUGAAAAUCGUUCCUCUGAGGAGAGCAGCGUCAUGUUUUAUAAAUAUAUAGAUAUAAUUAUAUCUAAGUGUUAAUAUCGCGCAGUGUGUGUGUGUAUGGCUAGCGUACGCCGCUAACGGUCACAUGAUCACCUUAUUUUUAUCUGAACGGUCCGCUUGGUGUCUGCAGGCGAUGUGACGCUCGCGUUAUUAGUGUGAUGUACAGGUUUAAAGUCCCUGUAGGAUCUCAGGACACACACACACACGCACACACACACUGCAUAUAGAAAUGCACAAAUGCUUUAAUUUCUUCUGGCUGGUUUUAUACUUGUGUGUGUGUGUGUGUGUGUGUGUAUUGUGAGGAUUAUCAAACAUUGAAUAUUAGGAAAAAUCAUAAUAAUCAUCAAAAUCUAACUAGUGCUAAUUAUUAUCUAACUUCACUUCAGUGCUUUGUUUAAUCAACUCCUCAUAUCGACAUGCAUAAACUGUGUGUGUGUGUGUGUGUGUGUGUGUGUGAGAGACUAAAGUAGACA